AUGAAAAUCCUGAAAUUAAGAAAAACUCUAGCUCUAUGCACAAUGCUCCUUACUCUCUUUAUUGCAGAGUGCCAAGGCAGUGCAAAUGCCUUCGCCGAGAAAAGGAUUAGUGCUGGCAAUCUGUCUGCAGGAGAAAAAAGAAGAGCAAGCGAGGUCAAAAGUGCAAUGAAUACAUUUGGCCACCAGCCUGAGCACAGCAGUAAAAAACAAAAAAAAGGUGAUACCAGAUCAAAGAAAGAGUCUGAUAUCGCCUGUAUGCAGCAGGAAGUUGAAAUCAUGAUGAAGAAUAACGAGCAUCCAAUGCAGAUCAAUACCCAGGAAAUGGCGCUUGAAAAAAAGCUGGCCACAAAAAAAACACACAGAAUAGAAAAACAGAACUACAACAUCAGACGAUGGAACAGCAAUAGACUGGAAAACUUAGGGAGGCAUAGGUAUAAGCUAAACUACAACACAAUGUGCGAGAAUAAGUAUACAAAAAAAUAUCUGAUCGCCGCAGUUAAGAAUGAGCUGUACCAGACAAAACUUAGAAUAGACAUUCGCGAGUUUUCAGAGAAGACUGCCCCUCUCAUAGAGAAGAAUGCGAUGUGGUACUUCAUUGCAAGCAGAACUGCAAGCAUAAGCAUGAAGUAUAAAGAUCUUCUAGCGCUGAAGGAGCUGUUCAGUAAUGGGGAAAACAGUAAGUACAUAGAAAUGGUAAAAAGCUUCGAAGGAUACUACCCCGAGCUGUUUGAUGACAUGGAAGCAUACAUGGAAAAGAACGAGCCUUUGCGAAUCAAUGUAGACCAUCCUCCAACUGUCUGGAAUAAAAACCUGGGCGAUAUUUACAUGAGCGAAUGUCUCAAAAUAGACUACAGAAUGAUCGAUAAACAGGAUGGAUUUUACCUAGUAGAAAAGAAGUACCAUCCGUUGGCAUACGCUGUGCACAUGAUUAUGAUGCUGCCUGAAGUGUACCAAGACUUUUCCAAAAUAGACAAAGAGUUUAUAGAAGACACAUGCAUUUCUAAAGACACAGCUGCAAGGAAGAAAAAUUGCCAAAUUCUAUUAGGAGUACACGAAGUAGUGCAGCAGUAUGCAAAAAAAAGAAUAAACGAGUGUGUGUAUAGUGAGCUAUACAGUGCUCUUGAGGACGUGUAUGACAAGGGCGAGCUGGAAAGAAAAAGAGCCAUUGACCUGUAUCGAGACAUAUACGCUCUUCUUGGCACAUUCUACAAAAAUGCAGAGGUCGUUGACAGAAGAAACAAAUACAUUCUGGCAGGAAAAGGCAUAAUAAAGAACCAGGUAAAUAUGAAAUGCGAGAUAGUAUCAGAUACAUCACUACAAGCUGCAGAUAAAAGAGUAUUGAGAGCAGAGUAUGCAUUUGAGGAGAACAGAUGGAACAUCUCGCCUGAUGUGCCCAUACACUACCAUGUGUACUAUGUGGACAACACAAUUGGCCUGCCUAGAAGGCUGUGCAUGCCCAUAUGUGUUGAUGAAAGCGGUGAAGAACACUACCUGCAUACAAUUAGCGACAUAGUAGAAUAUGUAAAGAAGCUGUAUGAAAUAAAAAAUAUUUCAAAUGCUAUUUAUCCCUUUAGGGUGAACAAAAAAACCAGAAAGUGGACUUACAUCAAAGAGAAAGAGAGGAGUAAAACAGUGAAAGACUUGGAAGAGUAUGAGGUAGUCUUUUAUAAUAUCGAAGAAGAUGUAAACACCACAAGAUUUACGUUUGCAGAGUUCAGGCCGUUAAACUCUUACAGCGAGGUCAUUAUUCCCAUCCCGCUGUUUCUUACGCCUCUGAUGCGGUCGGCAGUGGAUAUAGGCCUUUUUGUUGAGCUGGCAAAUAAGCAUAGAGAGAUAGAGUCAGUGGAGUUGGAAGAGAGAGAGCCUGAUGUGUACACGCACAACUAUAAAUACAUGGGCCCAAAGUAUUCAGACAUGUAUUCAUACUACAACAAUCUGUACAUACUGCCAGAUAAAAUAAAAAGCACAGAGUGCUAUGCCAUGAACUGCGAUUCCAGCAAAGAUAAUGACGGGAAUGCUAAAGCGGUGUGGUGUGCAAGAGUGCCGGAAGGCAUGGAUGAGUACACGCACUGUGUGCUAAAUAAAGGAUUUGAGGAAAAAGAGAUAUCAAAAAAGUACGCUGAGUUUAUUGCUGCUGUAGAGUCAAGGGAGCACAACAAAAACAGCCAGCUGCAAGGCUUUUGUCUAAAAGACAGCCGCAUACGAAGCAGCAGAACAGAAAAACAGACAUACAAGAUAUGCAACUGGCUAGAGGACAGGGAUAUUGAGAGCUAUAGUAACAAUACGAGUCUGAACAACCUCGAGAUGAAGAUCAGUAAAAAUGAAAAAUAUGUGGAAGAAAUAGAGACCCAGAUGGACAAUUUGAAUGACUCCAGUGUACAACAAACAGAAGAGACAAAACGGCAGUAUGCUAUAAUACAGCGCAGAAGGAGAAGAAUAGGCUAUAAACUAGACAGCUUGCAUGAAGAGAUGCGCAAAUUACUAUCCAAAAGAACAAAGAGUUCAGAAACAGAGCUUGUAGUGUUCCGGAAUGUGAACUCAAGCAGAUCUAACCUAGGAGCACACAACGAGAUUCUUGAUGUUUUUAUCAAACUGUACAGACAGCAGUGCAGAGUCCAGUAA